CAAUAAGCUAAGCUCCUUCCUAGCUAAAAAUGAUUUACAUGACAUUCUUUAUUAGGUAAUCCUAGAAUUAUCCCACCAAUUUCUAACAAACAAACCUCUUCCUAGAUCCUUCGCCUACUCAUAUAUAAGUCCAAAUUGGACAAACCAAAAUUCGACAAUUAGACAAAAUCGUAGUCAACAACCUUAAUGCAGUUUGGUUUGGAGUUCUAAUUACUUUUGAUCAUUAUUAUUGCAGAGAUAUAAAAGAGAGAAGAAGCUGAGUUACGUUGAAUAUUGUUUUGUUACAUUAUAUUGUGAGACUACUUGGAAAAAAUGGAAAGGGAAGACGGAGUGGUGGUGCGAGGACGUGUAGAGAUUGAUAUGCGGAAGCCUUUUCGGUCUGUGAAGGAAGCAGUUAUGUUGUUUGGGGAAAAGGUUUUGGCUGGAGAAAUUCAUGCUAAGCACCUCCAACAGACCAAGGCAAAUGAUGGACAAAAUCAGCAUAAAUUUGGAGCAGUAAGAGUUGAGCUUGAAGAGACAAAGCAAAGCCUCCAGAAAGCCAAAGAAGAAGGAGAUUUUAUGGCUCAAUGCCUUCAAUCUCUUAGACAAGAGCUCGAACAGACGAGAAGAGAGAUACAACAGUUGAAGAGUACAAGAGACAUAGCACCCCAGCAGAAAGUGCCGUUAGCGGAUUCUGAUCAUGAUGAUGAGAUUCACGAAGAGCUAAAAUUCAUUGAGCAACCAUCGUCAAAAUUAUUAGUUGAAGUUAAAACACAAACCGGAGAGGAUAUUGAUGAUGAGGAGGAGGAGGAGAUCGAGUUCGAGAAGAAGAGGUCUGUCAAGUUUGCUAGUCCUCCAUUGCUUACUAAGGUCAUUGCUGUCAACCAGGAAGAAUAUGUUAAGAAAGAAGCUGGUGAGAAAAGCCCUUCACAGCCCAAGAAGAAACUGAUCAAGAGGAAGCCUUUAAUCCCUUUAAUUGGUGCAUUGUUCUCCAAGAAAAAGGGAAAUCCGGAAAAUGAUCAAACUUCAAAGUAAAUUCUUUAAACAUGCAGUUGCAGUAAAAGGAAACUAGCGAAAAUUUUUAUUUUGUGCCUCACACAACUGACAGUAGUCAUGUGAUCGAGUCUUCUUUUUAUCUCACAAUUUAAUGGACCCAAAGUAUGUUAACUCAAAUGUGUAAGGAUUGGGUUCACUAAAUAGUGAGUAAAAGGAUCAGUAGUGUGAGGCACAUAAUACAUUUUUUGGAAACUAGCUAUAUUACUCUACCAGGAAAA